AUGAAGACAAUUAAUUUCUAUGUCCUGUUACUUUGCUGGAAAACAAUCUGCUGUAAUCACUGUGAGCUGUCCAAUGUCACAAUAGUGGUGGAGAAUGAAGAGUGUGGCUUUUGCAUUAGCGUGAAUGCAACUUGGUGCUCUGGCUAUUGCUUCACAAAGGAUCCUAUUGAUAAGUACCUCCUACUAAAGAAAUAUGUCCAGAAAGUCUGCACAUUCAAGGCAAUUAUGUAUGAGACUGUAAAGAUCCCAGGCUGUGCUGGUCACACGGAAUCGUUUUAUUCCUACCCAGUGGCAACAGAAUGCCACUGUGAGACUUGUGACAUGGACAUUACUGACUGUACCAGGAGAGGAUUGGAGCCAAGUUAUUGUUCCUAUGGUCAGAAUCAGAUCAGGGAGUGA